CGAUCGCGACUAUGCACCGCGUCUAUGCUCUUUUUAUCUUGUAUAAAAGAGAAGAGGCAUAGCGCAGAUAGCCGCAAUACAUCUGGAUCAUCCGUGGUGGCGAGCACGACCGGACACAGAUCGGAUCCUGGGCCUUUGAUCGGUCAGCAGGUGACGAGCAACCGUCACCUUUUCACCACCCGUGCCUCGCGACGACACUGAUAACGCGACAACAGAUCGGAUAAGAAUCGCAUUAUCAGGCUUGACCAGAGGCGCGAGUCAUUUAAGGGCCGGCAGUAUGCGGUGCAUGGCUCUUUGCGUUUUGCUACUAGCGAUUAGCGAGCCCCUUCUUACUCACGCAAAGGUAGUUUUAAUCGUGCCCCGACAAGUAAGACGGAGUCCAGCAGUGCCAUGGCGACCUCCGGGCAAUUACAAGAAAUUAUCUUACGGUGGAAACGACUUUCAUCGUCACGCACAUUAUGGUCGCGGUAACCGUUACACGAAACCAUUCCGACCGUUACCGCAUGGGGGUGAUGAUUUCGAUCAUGGUCCUGAAGUUGUGAAUCACGUGCAUGUACCGCACAGCAAAGACAUUAGCCACAGCAUCUCUUUUGGCAAAGGAUACAUUCCGUAUGAUAGCAUCAAGGGCAAAAGUUUACCAUUUGUGCAUGAAAGAUACGCCGGUACUUACGGACGUCAACCAGACUAUCCACCGACGAGUUUCACGUCGGUAGGUCAGGAUUAUGCGGUAUCGGGGACAGCGCAUUCUUACGAGAAUCCGCAGUUAGACUCUUAUUUCUCGGACAUGGAGAACGCUGCCAGAAACGAAUUGCGCGGCAAUGUAAAAGAUAGCAUAAACAAAUACUAUGGCGCACGCUCGAUCGAGAAAGAUCUCAGUCUGAGAAACCAACAGGCCCUCAGCAGUAUUAUAGAACAGAGCAAGGAUCCCUUGAAGGGCACCGAGGGUCUGUCCUCAGACACCUCACCAGCCGCGUAUGCUCACGCUGCUUCCGCAGCCAAUUCCGCUAACAUUCCCGCCGCCACCGGUGUGCAAGGGGCUGUGAUAGUACCGGCGGGUAUACCAUCGGCAACUAUAGCUGGUAACAAGGAUGGCAUCGUUCUGCAGGACACCGUGUCUAUGGACGAGUACCAGAGGAAACUGGAAGAGCUCACCAAGUCCUGGCCGAAUGUGUUGGCCACCGGCGCCAACUUCGCGUCGACCGGAACAAUUUCUGCGCCCCAGCAGCUGCACGCUGGUUUCCCGACCACCGGUCUACCAGGUGUUGCUUUUGGCGGUUCAUCUGGCGGUGUCAAUUGGCUCCCCAGUUUUGCUCAAUCCAAACAAAGCUAUGCCGUACGCGAAGACCAUGGGGACCCCACGAGCUAUGACUUCAGAACGAUGACCGUACAAGGCACUCCGUACCAACACGUGUCCUUCAGUCACGAAGGAGUGACGGCGGGGAUCGCCCCGGGUGCUCAUGGGUAGAAACAGAAUAUCGGAAUGCACAUGCCAAAAGAACGACUUUUUGCUAAAAUAUCAAAAAAUUUAACUAAACCAGUGCAAUCUGAAAUUAUUUUGUUCGAACCGUCGAAAUAAUUAUGUAAGAUGCUAAAACUGAUUAUUAGAAUGUUGAAACUUUUUUCAGCGUUAUCAUUAACAAUGUUUAAGUAUUCUAUUAUACAUAAUGAUUUUGAUGGUCCAACAAAUUUAUUUUUAGUAUUUGUAUCUAACUAAAUUUUUAGAUACUUCAGCAAAACUGCAGGUUCUUUUCGUACAGGAGCAUUAAUGCCAUCUGACGUGUACGUUUUACGUUAAAUUUUUCUGUAAAAAAUAUUUAUGUUUUUAUUUACGUAAUUAAUAAUACAGCUUUACUAUUUUAUUUUGGAGAAAAAGCGAAAAAAAUCGGCCAGAAAAAAUGAAUCUAAUAGUGAAGUUUCUUCGUGAAUAUGAGCGCAUUGGACGCCAUUAAUGCAUCUGAUUACACGCUUGGUCGGGUUUUAAGAAUUCAUGUGAUUUUGACAAAUUUAAUCUCUCUUUUCGUAGACACGGCAAAAUGUAUGUUCAUAUUGCCACGAAUGUAUAAAUAUGCGGGGUUCGUUUUUUUGUGUAUCUCUCUUGAGGCGUUGAAAUCUGAAUUCAAUGAAAUUAUAUCCACUCCAGAGAGUAUUCAUACAUCGCAAAUAUCUUGUGCGAGAUAAUAAUAAAUUUACAUAAAUUUGUUGUGUGAUGUUAGAAACUUGAUUCUAACAUCACACUUCUAACUUAAAAAUUAUUAUGGAUUUUUUUCUUGGUUUUUAUAUUUUGAUAAGCUUACAGAAUACUACUAUCAUCCACUUUCUCAUGGGAAAAUUUGUCCUUUUUUUUUCGCGGUAUUGCAAGCUUGACUAAUGAUGAGUUAAGUUAUGUCAACAGAAAUUUCUAUCUUGAAGCUGUCAUUAUAAAUAUUCGAUAAAUGGAUAAUAAGAAAUAUUAUUGUACACACGAAGUCACAAAUUAUCCUUUCUAUGCCUUUUCAUUCUUUCUUAUGCCUUCUUCUUAUUCUUUCUCGGAUACUCGUAUGUACAACUUUGUGUGUCAAGACAUUUAUGACGUCAUGUGUACAAUAGAUUUAUUUUACAUUUAUAAUACACUUCUAUUUUUGAAAGAAAAGGUUGAAAGAGUG